AUGUCAGAAGGGGAUAGACCUAAAAGUGGUCCGAGUUUAGCCAGCAGUACAGCCACCAUCUCUUCAGUCUUGAUGGGAACAAAGCCACACGUAGCCCAGCCUGUCCGGAAAGUGCACACAUUUGGGAAGAGAGCAAACUCCAUCAAGAGGGAUCCUAACUCUCCCGUUGUAAUGCGUGGCUGGCUUUAUAAGCAGGAUAGCUCUGGGCUCAAACUGUGGAAACGGCGCUGGUUUGUCCUUUCCAAUUACUGCCUCUUCUACUACCGAGACAGCCGUGAAGAGAUGGUUUUGGGCAGUAUCCUCCUCCCCAGCUACGAGAUUCAGACAGCUUUCUCCAAGGAGAAGAAGAACCGCCACUUUGUAUUCAAGGCUGAACACCCUGGCAUGCGGACUUACUAUUUCAGUGCAGACACCCAGUUGGAUAUGAAUAGCUGGGUCAGGGCCAUGAACCAGUCAUCUGUGGCUGAGUGCAACUGUGGAAACCUCAACCAAGGGGGUCUCCACAGCCACUCAGUGUCUGCCCACACCAGCUUUGAGGACAUUCGGCUCCCCCAGGAUGAUUGUGCCAAAAGCACUGAGUUGCUGGAAAUUGCCCAUCUCUCAGGGAUCCAGGAGGCCCGGGCCUCCUCAUCCGAGAGCCUCCACCUGCCUGACAUCCAGAAGGGAUCCCCUUGCCUUAAGAGGGCUUCUUUAUCCAGUUCGCUGAACGGGAGCUACUGCCAUGAAAAGAAAGAGCAGCCAGAACUGAGCUCCCUGUCUUCCCAGACACAUGGAUGUCCUUCUCCUGUUAGUUGCACUAAGUUCUCUUCCCGGCCACGGACCCCGCUACCGCCUUCAUCGGAAAGCCCACCUCCUCCUUCUCCAUCCCGGAUAUCUCAGCCUUCCCCUGUGCUUUCCCUGCAUUCCUCCCAAGCCUACUCCCUCCCGCUAGCCCCAGCUGAGUCCCCCAAGUUGCCACGGACUCACCCAUCAGACGUGCAGGAUGCCCGUCGGAGCCCUCCGCAAUCAGCUGUUGCACAGGCUGCCUCCUGUGAUAAUCUCUCCAUCAUGAGCUCUCCUAGGACUCUGCAUGCCAACACCCCCAUGGGAAGGGUGGAUAUUGCCCCCAACAAAUGCCUUCUCAAUAACCCUUAUGCUGUUGCAUCGCCACCCCACAAAGGCCACUCUCUGACCCCUGCAGACCGGUACGAUGUGUUCCCUACUUCUGAGGACUCCUAUGCCAGGCACUGCACUCAAAGUCCUCAUCUCCAUAGAGUCCAGCCUGUGGGUGAAGAUGGCUUGGCCCCUUCAAUGGGGAGACCACAACAAAACAGAUUUACAGACCGAGGUUACCUCUCUCCACCGGUUGGCCUGUCCCGUGCUUUGGUCAUGUCUCGGCUUCACGGCCGACUGGUGAAUAACCCCCCCCCCUCUGCCUCAUCAAGCUACCUGCACCUACCACCCCUUCCUCCCCUGCCCACUUGGCCCGCCCCAGGGAAAAGGACAUCCAUAGGGAUCACGGGUCGAAACGCGCUGAGGGAAAGGAGCAGCCAGUCUCCUGGCAGGCAGCGGUUUGAAAGUGACACUGAUGCUCUUUUGACAAAAUUGUGUGGCCAAGACAAACUGCUUCGAGGUCUGGAAGAAGAGACAGGCCAGCUUCGUGCUGAAAAGGAACGUCUUGAAAAGGCCUUGGAAGUAACACACCUGAGGCUGGAGGAGUUUAAAGGCCAAGAUGCCACCGUGGAGAAGAUCUGCUAUCAACAAAGGCAACUGCAAGAUGAACUGGUGCACAUCCGUGCCCGUCUCUGCGAUCUUGCAUUGGACAGUGAACGAGUAUGGGAAGAUUAUACGGCCUUGGAAAAUGACGUACAGAUGCUGAAGGGCUCCUUGGAGCAUAUCUGGACUUCCGGGCAUCCCCAGGACCAAGCAGCAGCUCAGCAGGAUUUGUGGAGAAUCCAUGACACCCUGGUGGGAUUGAGAUGCAGCCAUGCAAAUUACCGCACCCUGGAGAACCGAAGAUCAGACCAUGAAGGCUGCAACCAUAGAAGUGAAGUUCCUGAACACAGCAUUGUCAAGGUGGCCUCUUCCGAAACGACGGUCCCUCGGCUGUCCCGCAUGAGCGCCCAGGAACAGCUGGACAGGAUGCAGCGGCACCAGGAGGCCAAACGGAAAUCUGAGGCUGCCCAGCCCCCUCCCCUGGGCCACUGGCAAGACUCUCUCAAGCAUGGGUCUAGCCGGGUGGGUGUGAAGCCUUGUGGGGAGGAGGAGGAGGAGGAGCGUAGGAGAACAGCAGGGCCCCUCCCCAAUGCCCCCCCUGAGUCAUCACCCAAGGAGGGAGUGCAAAUUGGGGAAGUCAAGCCUCCUCGGUGCCCCCCAACCCCUGAGUGAGAGCGACAGCGAGUAAUCCAGCUCUCCCAUGCACUGGCGACAGAGGCUUCACAGCGGGGAAAACUCGUCACAGGAAGGACCAGUUCUGGCUCCUCCCUAGAUGAUUUGGGUGCCUCACAAGAUGGCUUGAACCAUCACUAUUUUCCUGGGGAUGGCACCUGCAUAAAGCUAGACUCUAGCAACACAACAGCUGGACACAAUCAAACAGUUGCUCAGAAUCCCAGCUGCAGCAUCGACUCUAAAGUUGCAAAUCAGAUACCAGCUUCACCCCAAGCAACCAAACCAUUGUCGAGUGCCUCAGAAGCUUCUGACUGGUCCUCACCUUGUCCUUGCAAGGAAAGUUGGUUGUCAUCCAAAAUGAAGACUCCACAGCCGACACCUCACCUGUUUGACUCAGCCAGAGAGGAGCCAUUCCUAUUCAGCAGCCCUCAUUGGGAGGAACCUUUGCCUCAGCCGACCAAUUGGAACACAUGUUUUUGCAGAACAGCCAAUUGGGUUCUGCCUCCUGUAUGGGAUUUGGAGAUGUGGUCAGCUGAUCAAAAGCUAGUUGGCAAUCCGAUCCUAAACAAUGGUAGAUGCAUCCCUUGGAGAGGUAAGCCUCAACAGGUGGCAGCAUAUUUUGGAGAAGUGGCACAGCCUGUCAAGGUCACCUUGAUAAAAUCAAGUUUUUAA